AUGUCGAUUGAUAUCAACUGGGACACGCUCACAGGCGGCGCAGAUGGCUCCGCGCGUGCAGAGGCUAUCCGCGCCUUCAUCCAUGACCGGUUCCAGCAGGUGACGCUUCCGCGCUUCAUCCGCUCCGUCCACGUGCACUCGUUCGACUUUGGCCGCGUCGCCCCCGAGAUUGAGAUCAAAGACAUCUGCGAUCCGCUGCCCGACUUUUACGAGGAGGACGAAGAUUAUCCAGACGAGGACGAGAGUGACGGCCAAGGAGACGACGACCAACGCGGUGCCAGCGAUCCUUCCCGUACGGCAAAGGAGCGGCGCAGAGACACGGGACGAGCAUCAAAUGCAGAGGAGACUUCGUCGGACCCAUCACCCGACCAGCUUGGGAGCCCUUUCCCCCGCGCCUCAACGCCGGGCAUACCUGGAGGCACAUCCAACAUCAACUACUUCCAUCUUCCCUUAGGCGCUGGUCUCUCUGGUGCCACGGCGCCCCUCGCUGCUGUGGCCGGGGCGCAGCUACAAGGUUGGCCCGAUACUGCCAAUGUCCGACCGUCGACGCCGACCAACCUUCGUCUGCGCAACACGGCUUCAUUCAGCUCCUUGACACUGACGCCGCAAUCGAAUCCUGACCCCAGCACGCGCCCGUCUUCACAGCACCAGCACGACGCAGAGCGACGGAACUCUCUGGCCGAAUCCACUAGUACUUCGUCGCAGGAUGGCUACGACAGAACGCCGCCCGCGUCACCUCCCCGCAUGCGCGAGAAGAGCCCCGAAGACAUCCAGGUCGUAGCACAUGUCCAGUAUUCCGGAGACGUCAAAAUGUCGCUAACCGCAGAAAUUCUCCUAGACUACCCCAUGCCAAGCUUCGUUGGCAUUCCCCUGAAGCUGAACAUCUCGGGGCUAACCUUUGAUGGAGUCGCUAUCCUGGCCCACAUCAAGAGACGAGCCCAUUUUUGCUUUCUAUCUCCCGAGGAUGCCGACGCACUAGUCGGCAGCGAAACCAGCCUUGACUCUCUUCACACGGACCCACAGAGACAAGAGCAGCAACCCCCACCGCGCCCAAGAAUCGGAGGCCUGCUUGAGCACAUCAAGGUUGAGAGCGAGAUCGGCGAUAGGGGAAACGGGAAACAGGUCCUGAAGAACGUAGGCAAGGUGGAGUCAUUCGUCCUGGAGCAGGUCAGGCGCAUCUUCGAGGACGAAUUCGUCUAUCCGAGCUUCUGGACGUUCCUCGUCUGA